UCUAUUCAAAUGGCAUUAUAAAAAAUAUAUAUAUGGGACCAACUAGCAGUAUGGUUCCUCUCCUAGCUAGUCCUACAUAAUCAACACCAGGAGGACCUCUCAAAGAUUCUACAAAGACCCCUGUCCGGGAAGGAGCAUCAAGAAAUUAAAGAAAGAGAGAAGAAGAAGGAAGAAGAGAGAGAGAGAGAGAGAGAGAGUUGCAGUAUCAGAAGAAGGCAUGAAUAGAGGUCAUCUUCUUCAUCAGAGCUCACCGGUGCAGCAAAUGAUGGCCAAUCCUAACUGGUGGAACAUCAAUAUUAACACCAUGCGACCUCAACAACCUUCUCCUUUCUUGUCCUCUCCCUCCAAUUUUCUACCCAAUCAUCAGCAACUUCCUUCUUGGCAACAUGACCUCAACAAUCAACAACAGUUUCCUGACUCAUGGACCCAACUUCUCAUGGCUGGAUCGGUGGCUGAAGAAGAUAGAGGAGGUAUGGGUCAGUUUCAGGCACCGAAUGCUGCUCUCGUGGAUAUUAAGCAAGAAAGUUCAGUGAACAGCUAUGGCUAUGGACAUGGAAGCAGCGAAGAAUUUCAAGCAGUGAAACCUGCAGGUUGGCCUCAAAUGGUAGUACCAGCUUCUUCCCCGAAGUCCUGUGUCACAAGUUUCAGCAGCAAUAUGUUGGAUUUCUCUAACAAUCAAACCGAUGCUAAGCCGUCUCUGCCAGAUCCAUCUUCUGAGUGCAACAGCAGUGCAAGUGGUGGGGCAGUGAAGAAGGCUAGGGUUCAAGCUUCCUCUGGAGCUCAGUCCACCUUCAAGGUUAGGAAGGAGAAGCUGGGUGACAGAAUCACAGCCCUUCAUCAGCUAGUUUCUCCAUUUGGGAAGACUGACACAGCGUCUGUGCUGUUAGAAGCUAUUGGGUAUAUCAGAUUCCUUCAGAGUCAGAUCGAGGCUCUCAGCUUACCAUACUUGGGCAAUACUGCUUCAUCAAACAUCAGGCACCAACAACAACAAUCUGCAGUUCAAGGAGAGAAUAAUUGUAUAUUCCCUGAAGACCCUGGUCAGCUUCUGCAUGAAAACAGCUUGAAGAGGAAAGCGCCUGGCAGUAAUCAGCAGGAAUCAAGAGAAGAAAGGAAGAAGGACCUGAGAAGUAGAGGGUUGUGUCUGGUUCCAGUGUCGUGCACAAUGCAAGUUGGGAGUGACAAUGGAGCAGACUAUUGGGCUCCUGCACUAGGCGCAGGGUUUCGAUAGAUCAAAACUUCGCCAUUAAAGAAGAAGAAGAAGAAGAAGAAGACAGAUGGAUGAUGCCAAUUAAUUGAAGGAAAAGAGAUACCAUCAUGAGCAGUCAAUCUGCUCUAAGACUUUCCAAGGCUGAUUGCUCAUGAUGCUAUACUCUUUCGUCCUCAAUAAAACUUCUAGCUAGCUAGCUUGCGUGCUCAUCUGCUGUCCUCAAUUGAUUCAUUCCCACUUUUCCUGCAAUCCCUUGCUUCCUCCUAAUUAUUAUUGUUAAUUAACACUAGUUUUCUUCGUCUAUUAUUGUUCAUGCACGCAAAUCCAUCUCAGCUUUCUUUGUUAUUAUUUCCCUUAAUUAGCUUCAACGAUAUAUAUGGUGCUAUGUAUAUCGGUCUAUCCUAUCAAGAUUUUAAUUAUUUGUAUCAUCAAUCAUCAAUCAUCUGAUGAAUGCCAAGCUCCAUUAACUGCA